AUAAAACACUCUAGAGGAUGAAAGAAUUUUCCAACGUGAUAGAAUCUGUAAAUAUAAUGACUAACAAUCCACUUGCUUCGCUCUUGAAAGUCAUUCUCAUAUCAGUCAUCCUCUUCUACGGUGCUACCUUCGCCAGACAACAAGACGGUCUCCCAAAGAGUUAUAUUUAUUUCUUAGGAUCGAUGUAUGUGCUCAGCUUAAUCAUAUACAUUAGGGAUCGAAGAAAUUCAUUAAAUUAAUUACAAUCAUUCUUAUCAUACUUAUUCAAGAAUCCUUGUUGGAUCUUUGAAGCAGCUGUCGUCAAUCCAAUCAAAGGCUUGAGUAUGGCAAUUGGAACUGCCUUUAUAAUUGGCUUAUUUUUCUCUCCUUUUUCAAAUACCUCCAUCGGAACUUCAAUGUAUAUUAGAUCAAUCAGAUAGCAUAGGCAGAACAAACUCACCUGCUAAUAUAGUUUGCGCGGCUUCAUUUAAAUUAUUGUUUAACGAUUUAUAUGCACUCUCCAUUCCUUGCCGCAAUGUCAUAGGUUCGCUAACUUCAUCUACUGUUUCCAUCGUUAACUUAUCCUCCGACGAUUUACCGGCUAAAAUACUCUCUGCAUGCUCCAGCACGACUUGUGUACCGUUGGUAAGCCUUGCUCCCAUUCGCAAAGCUUCCAUACCAGCGUUCCUUGCGAAAGCUGAUCCACCUUUCUGCAAACCCCUAAUUAUUCGCUUAUCAUGUUUAUAUUGCUCUAUUGGAAGAAGAACAAGGUCUGCGAACCCACUUCCAACAUUAACUAAGGACCUGAUUGGUGCAACACCUGAGACGACGUCAGACAACUGGUUAGCUUUGACAUCGGGCGUCCACGUGUCCUGCAGUAUCUCAAACAGUUUCGACCAUCCCGUUAUCUAGCAUCUUUGUUAGCAAGUAGUCUACACAACUUAUAUAUUGUUGAACUCACCCCAGUGAUCAUCAUCUUGCGUAAAAUUAUCUCAGAUCCGUCGAAAUGGAAAAAAUUCAUCAAUUCUAUGGUCUUUCCUUCCCUCAAAGCAGCAUAAUUGACAUGCUUUGGGUUAUAGUCCAUCUUAAUCUCGACUGGAUCGACAAUAGC